AUGGUUCUGCCAACGACCCUCGCAGAGCUCAAGGAGUGGCUAUCCAUCGACAGCCAGGCAGUUCCGCUCCUUGUCCGUGGAGACGGGCGUCGACAGGCCUUGGUGAGCGAUGCAGACGUCCAGGCGGCGAUCUUGGUGACCGAGGAAACCGGCGAAACCCUGCAGGUGGAGGUUCGCAGCCUUCCGCCGUAUUCUGGUGUCCGUACCUUCCGGAUUCCAGCGCGGCCCAGGACUGCUGAGGCGAUUGGACCUCCCUGCCGGGUGGCUUCCAAGCUGAGAGGCCGCCAACCGCCAGAUGCGAAGGCAGCCGAGAGCCCCGAGUACUCGAGCAGCCCACCAGGCUUGAAUGUCCAUGUCCUUGACCUCGCCGAGGGCGAGGACAAGGAGGCCGCUUUGGAGGAUCCGGCACGGAUCAGCCAUUGCUGCAAGGACUCCACAAGCUUAAUGGAGGCCCUGGGACUUGCCGAUCCCUACGCGGCACUCUGCAGACGUGUUCAACGAUCGGCCGAUUUCGUCGAAGAAUCGUUGCAUCAACAUCGUCUCGAUGUUGCCCUCGAUCGAGGGCGCAUUGUCAGGCCGCCUUCCUCGCACGGACGACCAAAGGUGCACAGCCGGGACUUAGCGAAGCUUCGAGGCCUCCUAGCGAAGCUGAGCCAGCUGCAGAGCUCGAUGGACGAUGUGCUGCUGCAGAGACAUGUGGUUGCAAGUUGGGAAAUUCCCGAUGCGCUGCCGCUGCUGGCACAGGAUGUACCUCGACGAGGGGGCUGGAAGCUGCGGCCACGGCGGAAGUUUUGGUGCAGCUCCUGCAGCUCCUUGGGGCCCUUUGCGGAGAUCACCUUCCGACUGUACCCAGCGGGCGAUGGAGAUGCAGCGAAGGGUGACUCUGUCAUCUACUUCUGGGCUGAGGUCGCUCCCCGGCUCAGCUUCGCUUUCACCGUGCAGGUGGGUCAGACCGAGAUGGCCCAGCAAACUUGGUACCAGGAGGUGGCCUGGGCGCGCGUGGAGUUCGGCUGGGAGCUCAUGGCCUCCGAGCUCACAAAUGCGGAGGCCUUCACUUGCGGUCAGCUUCCCGUUCGACUCAAGCUACUUCAUUGGUAUGCCGCUUCCUCGCUUGCAGGUUCCCUGCCAGAGCAGAGCUACCGCGAUCGCUGA